CCCUCGCCGGACGACCGAAAAAAUCUCUCUCUCUCUCUCUCUCUCUCUCAUUCCUUUCUGUGAAAGCAACGAACCUUCUCUUUUGUUCCCAAAAAAAUAAAAUAAACGAAUCUCUCAGUCAAGACUCAAGAUCAAUUCUUUCUCUAUCAAACCCUCUUUACAAUUGCCUAAACCCUAAUUACUACUAACCCGUUGACUCUCUCACUCCAAACCGAUGGACUAACCCCCAUCGCCACGAUGGUUCAGGCUCUGCCCCCGAUCUCUUCCCUCUCCCGCUCAGUCCUCACCUUCCUCGACGACAACCUCCGCUCCGCAGACGCACUCGAACAAGCCUCCGGCCUCGUGUCGGAGCUCCAGACCCGGUGCGCCGAUUUGGACCAAAGCCUCCUCGAUCUCAACCGCCGACUCGAAUUGAAUCUUUUCGCUUACGCUUCGUAUUCUGAUCGGAUCGGUGGUCUCUUCGGCGACGUCAAUUCCAAAUUAUAUGAUCUCUGUUCUUCCACUCGAAUUUCUGGUUCCCAAUCAGAUGGAAGGGGAAGCGAGGGAGUGGAAAGAUCAGAGCAGAUACUGGGGGAGGAGCUACCUUCACUAGCAAAGGAAGUGGCUAGGGUUGAGACGGUUCGAAUGUACGCUGAGACAGCGUUAAAGCUGGACACUUUGGUUGGUGAUAUUGAAGAUGCAGUAUCUUCCACAAUAAACAAAAAUCUAAGGAAGUAUGCGUCCACUCGGGAUUCAGAAUCUCUGCAGGAUAUGCGUCUUCUUGCCAUUAAAGCACUCAAACUGGCUGAAGAUGUUCUAGCUUCCAUUACAAAGACACGUCCGCAGUGGGCGCGUCUUAUUUCAGCUGUUGAUCACAGAGUAGAUCGAGCAUUAGCCAUUCUACGACCCCAGGCAAUUGCAGAUCACAGGGGCCUUCUUACUUCUCUUGGAUGGCCACCUACUUUAUCCACAUUGAGUUUCUCAGACUCAGAUGCAACGAAACAAGCUGCAGUGCGGAAUCCUCUAUUCACUAUGGAAGGGGACCUUAAACAUCAGUACUGUGAAAACUUUAUUGCAUUAUGCAGCCUGCAAGAAUUGCAGAGACAAAGAAAAUCUCGGCAACUAGAAGGGCAUAAUAGGGAAGUUGCUCUGCACCAGCCACUUUGGGCUAUUGAGGAGCUGGUGAAUCCUAUAUCAAUUGCAUCCCAACGCCAUUUCUCAAAGUGGGUUGAUAAACCAGAAUUCAUUUUUGCUCUUGUGUAUAAGAUUACGCGUGAUUAUGUUGACUCCAUGGAUGAAUUGUUGCAACCACUGGUCGAUGAAGCAAUGCUAUCAGGUUACAGUUGUCGAGAAGAAUGGAUUUCGGCAAUGAUAUCCUCCCUAUCAACGUACUUGGCAAAGGAAAUAUUUCCUAUAUGUAUUAGUCAACUUGACGAAGUGAAUGACUCUAGUAUAAGAUCACAGGGUUCGAUAUCAUGGCUCCAUCUUAUUGAUUUGAUGAUUGCCUUCGAUAAACGAGUACAGUCUUUGGUAGCGCAGACAGGAAUCUUGACUUCCCUUCAAGAAGAUGGAAACCUACAGAAAAUUUCUUCUCUCUCUGUAUUUUGUGAUCGACCUGAUUGGCUUGAUUUGUGGGCCGAGAUAGAGCUUAAUGACAUUUUUGAUAAGUUAAACCCCGAAAUGGAGAAUGAGAGAAACUGGUCAACCAAAAUUCAAGGAGUUCUCUCAGGCGUAGAAGAUUACAAGUCUCCUGCAAUUUCUAGUGCUUUUCUUCGGCGGUUAUCCUCUGUGGUUGAUCGUUCUCGAUCGCUUCCGACCAUUUCAUUAAGGUCAAGGUUUAUCCAGCUGACAGGUGUGCCUAUUGUACGGAAAUUUAUGGAUGGCUUACUUCUCAGAUGCCAAGAAGCUGAGGGGCUGACAGCCCUGACCGACGAUGAUGCCCUAAUAAAAGUUACGAAAUCGAUUAAUGCCGCUCACUAUUUUGAGUCCAUUUUGAAAGAGUGGUGUGAAGAUGUCUACUUUUUGGAGAUGGGAUUGAAUCAUCAGCUUGAGAGUAGCUCUAUUGAAUGGUCGGUGGAAGGAGAUGGGAACGGAAUUUUUGAUGAGGAAAUUGGGAAGCUGCAAGAGUUCAGAAGAGAAUGGGUUGAGAUGCUAUCAACUGUUGUUUUCAGAGGCUUUGAUGCUCGCUGUCGGGAUUACAUAAAGAACAAGAAGCAAUGGCAAGAAAAAGUCGAAGAAGGUUUGAUCGUGUCCAAAACUUUUGUUGCAGCACUAGAUUAUAUGCAAGGGAAAAUGUCAGUUUUGCAAGUGGGUUUGAAUGGGGAGGAUUUUGUAGGAGUGUGGAGAAGUUUGGCAGCAGGCGUGGAUCGUUUGAUUUUUAAUGGUAUUUUUAUGGGCAAUGUGAAGUUUCAUGAUGGGGGUGUAGAGAGACUUGGUAGUGAUUUGGCUGUAUUAUAUGGGGUAUUUGGGGCCUGGUGUUUGAGGCCUGAAGGCUUCUUCUCCAAAAUAACUGAGGGCUUGAAGUUGUUGAAGAUGGGGAAAAAGAAAGUUAAAGAUAGUUCAACAAUUGGGGAGAGAUGGUUGAAGGAGAAUGGGAUAAGGCAUUUGAGCGUUGAUGAAGCAGAAAAGAUUGUAAGGAAUAGGGUACAUACCAAGUGAAAGAUUGUAGGUAACGACUGCAUUCAGGAUACUCUCCGGAAAGGCAACAUUAACUUAUGGAGAAAUCGGAAUUUAGGUCAGAUAUGCGUAGUUAGAGGCUGUGAAUUGGUCUGGAUUCCCGCACAGAUGACAAUAUUAUUUUCUUCAAAUAUGAAAUAAUACUGCAACACAGGGUUUUAUAUAAAGGCUGUUACGGAUCAUAUUGACUGCUACGUAAUGGGAUUUUAGAUGUCCGAUACUGUUAAUUACCUAUGUAUAGGCUGUCCGAAUCGAGCCGUUAUAUGGUUGUAUCACCAAUACUGUUACGUUUCCCAAUACCAUGAUUUAAAACCCUGCUGCGACCUUAUCUCAGUUUUUUCAGUUCAUAAAAUCUCUUGUUCUUGAAUCCUCUGGGAAUCUGCUGCUGAGGCCAACUUCAUAGUUACAUGAUCAGUCGAAUCAAAUUAACAAAGAUACAUUGAGAGCUGGUCUAUUUGCAGAGCCCACACGAUUUCACCUUUGAGGAACCAAUGAACCGACGACAAGCCUCUUAUCGCUGUGGUAAACAUGACUGAAAGAAAUCUUGUACCAUCUUGUUAGGCAUCACAAGUGGAUUUAUUUUGUUUUGCACAGCAUUUAGUUCUGAUUUAGCUAUUCUUGACAUUGCAACUGAACCUCAGCAUUUACAUUGUGUAACUGUACUUGGAACUUUGUUCAUGAUUUCAUUUUAAUUACCAGUUUGCAUGUCUCAAAGCCA